AUGAUCAGAUCGAAUUUACUUAAACAGCAACAUUCAUUCUUCACUGGGAGCACUCACCAGCCACGCCUCAAAUCGCAUUUCCAAAAUACUCUUUCCCCCGCUCUACUCUACAUGACUCACAAUCCCAGGCAACAACAACACAGCCGCCCUCUACCUUCAUGGGACUCUAACGACCCUUACACGGCUCACCGCCAACAACCUCGCCCUAGAGGUAACCGUGAUCCUCUCCCGAAUCCCAACCAAUCAAAUCCUAUCAAUCUAGAUAAAAUUGUCAUCCACACGAUGGUCAAGGAGUCUAUAAACAACAAAGGCGCUCUCCUCUCGGCUAUCAUGGCUUUACAAUCUAUUUCUGGUCACGCUGAGCACUCUGGCGGUGAUUUCCACUCUAAAGGUGUUACAGUAUGUAAAGCACGCAAAGGUGUCGCUCAAUGGAAAAUACGCCACGGUAUGCCCCUCUCCGUUAAGGUUGAACUAUCUGGUGACAAAAUGUUCGAUUUCAUUGACAUUCUCACCGAAUUCGUUUUACCACGUAUCAGGGACUUUAACGGUAUCUCACUCCCUCCAGUCAGCGCUGAUGAAAAAUCUCCUUCUGCUAACUCGGGCGUCUUUCAAAUGGGUCUGCCUCCCUCUGCUAUGUCCCUCUUCCCUCAAAUUGAAGCUGCUUUUGAUUCGUAUCCACGCUCACAUGGUUUAGACAUCAAAUUCAUAUCUAAUCAAAAAGGCAGAGGCGCUGAAGCUAAGACUAGAGCGCUCAUGUCUGGUCUUCGCAUUCCUUUCAUCCCAAAGUGA